AUGGACCGCAACACGUACGCCUUCGGGGACGACGCGGGGAACCUCGCGGCGCGCGCGCGGGAGAUCGGGCUCCAGCACCGCGCGGCGCUCCUGCGCGAGAGCGGCGACCGCCACAGCUACGCCGCGGGCAUGCUGGGCUCGACGAAGCUGCAGCUCGCCGUGCUCGCCAGCUUCGACCCGGACUACGACCACGACGACGAGCCGCGGAAGCCGCGGCGCGCGUCCGCCAACGACGCGGCCGGCUUCCGGCCGCUCGAGCGCGUGCCGUCGUGGCUCGCGGAGGUCGAGGAGCGGCGCCAGCAGCGGAGCGAGCACGGGUCGCUCGAGAGCCUGCGGGGCGGCUUCACGCUGAACCAGGCGUUCCUCGCCGUCAUCAAGAGCGCCGUGGGCCCCGCGGUGCUCUACAUGCCCAAGGGCUUCCAGGAGGGCGGCCUCUGCUUCAGCCUCGGCAUGCUCGUCUUAUCGUUCGCGCUCUUCUCCCUCGGCGCGACGCGGCUCCUCGAGGCCUGGGAGGGCUGCCGCAAGAGCUACGCGGCGAUGAUGGGUCUCGCGUUCGGCCACAAAGGCGUCCUGGUCGUGCGCUUCACCAUCGUCGCGCAGCAGUGCGGCAUCUGCCUCACGUACUUCAUCUUCGUCGCGACGAAUCUCCGGGAGCUCGUCAUGUACGCCUGCCCGUCCUUCGCCGCGCCGUCGCUGGCCCAGUGCUGCCUGCUCCAGGUGCUCGCCUACGCGCCGCUGUCGUGCAUCCGGAACAUGCAGAACUUCGCGCUGACGAACUUAGUCGCGAACGCGCUCAUCUUGUACUCGCUGGUCGUGCUCGCCGUCUACGGCACCAUCGAGGUCGUCGAGCACCAGCCGCCUCUCGCGUCGCUGUCGCUCUUCAACAAGCAGUCCUUCUACCUCUUCGUGGGCACGUCGGCGUUCGUCUACGAGGGCUCCGCGGCGCUCGUCGUCCCGCUGCAGGAGGCCGUGCGCAAGGACCUCCAGCCCCAGUUCUCGACGCUCUACGUGCGGACCUGCGGCAUGAUCAUCGUGACCUACAUCGUCUUCGGCGCGCUGAACUGGGCGGCCUACGGGAACUGGACCGAGACGGUGCUCACGGUGAACCUGCACCCGUCGCCGUGGAAGGCGUCCGUGCAGCUCGCGUACUCGCUCGCCGUCGUCUUCACCUUCCCGCUCCAGCUCUUCCCGGCGAUCCAGAUUUUGAAGUCCGUCGGCCGCAAGUGGAAGCGCGCGCGCGCGCGCUGCGGGUCGCCGCGCGGCUACGCGACGGUCGACAACCCGCUCGCGACGACGGCGCCCGGCGGCGAGCCGCGGCCGGCGGACGAGGCGCCGUCGCGGCCCCGGCGGCCGACCAUGGACGCCGUGCCGGAGAUCGAGUCGUCGCCCGAGUCGCCCGACGGGCCGCCGCGCCGCGGCGACGGCAAGCCGCCGCGGCCGAGGACGACGAAGCUCGAGGGCAACGUCGCGCGCUUCGCGCUCGUCGUCGCCCUCUGCCUCGUCGCCAUCGUCAACGUCCACUCCCUCGACAAGCUCGUCGCCCUCAUCGGCGGGCUCCUCGGCAUCCCGCUCGCGUUCAUCUACCCGCUCGCCAUCCACCUCAAGCUCGUCCCGGACGCGGACGACGGCGUCAAGCUCCUGAACCGGUGCGCGAUCACGUGCGGCGCGCUCCUCUGCCUCGCCUGCACGGGCGUCACCGUCGCGACCUGGUAA